AUGAAGGUGAACUUAACCGACUUCCCGGAGAUAAAAGCGCACCAUAUCCGCCGAUCGAUUAGCGUCAGUGGAAUAAGUAGCCCUAACCUAGCUGGUGACACAGCCGAUACGGCUGGGACCGCUACAAAGAUCGUUGCCAGCAACGUUGCGCAGGCCACUAACGCCGUGGGGAAUGAAGCAGACCAAGCCAUUGAACAUGUGCAAUCUUUGACAGACCACUUGAAGUCUCAGUUACCCACUUCCUACACUGUCGGGCUCCGGAGCUAUUGCCAGAAAAAUCGUGGCUCUAUAUCCUCCGACUGCUCUGCGGUCAGCAACUCAUUUUCAUUCGAUCUGUCGAGCCUGCUUGGCUCGAUUUCAAAUGAAGUCGAUGCACUGCUUUCAAGCAAAGUGAAAAAGGUCUUCAAAGAAUAUCAUAAAGCAUCACACUUCGCUAUCUUGGCAUUCAUUAUCGGAACAACAGCUACUGCUCUAGCAAUUACGUUAGAGGCUAUGUGGAUGGUUUCUCGCUGGAAAAACAUUGUUCCUUCUCCGACAGCUUCCUGGCGGCUAAGGCUAGUUACAAUUUCUUUUUCAUCUUCGCCGAUAGGUGCGGAUGCUCCCCAGCACUCUUCAGUUGCCAACAAUCGAUUUCGCUUGAAGCAACUUUAG